AUGGCCGGGCGCAAGCGACGUGCGUCUACCUCGAGCGUCGAGAGCAUCGACGAGAACCGAAUCCCCUGGCGUCAGGAAGUGUCCGUCGUCCGCCGAGUUCCCAAGGACAUGUCGGCCGACGACUGGCCCAUCUUCGAGCUGCGCGAUGCCGUCGUCCUCAACCAAGACGGCCACACGCUGGAGAAUGCACUCCACGUCGGCAUCCGAGGGCCUUUCAUCGUCCGAGGCAACCUCGUCAUCGACGACCCCUCUCAGAGAUCCCACCUCAUCAUGCGCGUGCGCUCCUCGGUUCCCAUCGAGAUUAAAAAGUGCAUCAACUACUCCAUCGGCGAAUCGGACGACGGAAGCCCUCUCAUCUGGAUCUCCGGCGUCGGCGGAUGGUACGAGAUCAAUCCGUCACGCACCUACCGCCCCACCUUCCUCAAGAUGUGCGAGGCCACGACGCUCUACUACAAGCUCGUCGACAUCUACGACUCGACGGCGUCGCAGAGGAAAUCCAAGAAGGCGAAGCAAUCCUCCUUCAUGGAUGACCUCGCCGGCGUUUUUCUCACCUACGCCGCCCGUGUCGGUGACGGCUGCACCUUUGACGAGGUUGUCGAGCGCUGCCACGAGCACGCCGGCUUCUUCAUCUGCCAGUUUCCCCAGGAAACCAUGAUCGACUGGCAGCCGACUGCCUUCCACAGGUGGCUGAUGAUGGAGCACGCCGACCUUGUCGACAAGAUAGACGAGCUGAGCAAGAACCCUCAGGCGACCCUUGCCAUACCUUCGGCUGAGGCCCUGAGCCCGAGACGUCAACAAUCCGCCCCGCUGUCGUUGUCCAAGCACGCCGACGCCGAGUCCGCGUCGAAGGUCUGCCUGACGAAGCACCCAUCGGGUGAACCCAGUCCUCUCGCGCCCGCGGCGCCCGAGAGGGGCCACCCGAACAAGAAAUCCCGUCUGGGCACCCAGCCUUCGCGUGUCCCUGCGAAAGCUCUGAAGCCUGUGGAGCCGUCCCCCGACAAGCCUUCGGCUCGCUUCGACGAGGCCUUGGCCUCGGUCGUCAAGGCCAUGGAGUUUGCCUACGAUCUCCUGGCCAACAACAGAAAGGGCAUCAUGACUAGUACCCUCAUCAACAAGAUAUACUUUGCCUACAGCUUCCCCUGUUACCGAGACGGCACGACCGGCAGCCACAAGACCCCCGUCAUCGAGGUUCUGCACUACUACUCUGCCGCGCUCCUGCAGCACCUCGACGCCUCCAAGUGGCAGAAGCACGAGAUAUGGUCCUACCUCCAGCAGCGCUCGAAGAUCGAAUUCAACCCCGUCGCCUAUAGGCUUGCCGACUUCCCAAUCGCCAUCUUCCUGCGUAAGCAGAUCAAGAGGGACUCGGCCCCGACGCCACCCAAGCGUCCGGCGAACCAGACGCCUGCCGUGGAUGGUGCUUCCACCCCCAAAGGCAAGAGGCUGAAGCAUCCUGUAAGCGGUGCCGGCCAUGGCAACACAGGCGCCCUUCGGCUGCCAUCCACCUCGAAGAAGCGCGCCCGCUCUCAGUUUGAAAGCGAGUCUGAGUCGGAAGCGUCCGAUGUCAAGGACUCGCACGACGAUUUCUUGGACGUCGAUAACGCGGCCGACGACAUUGCCGAAGCCGACCAUUCCCAAAGUUCCCGCGUGUCCAGCAAAUCGCCGCAAGCAGAGCCGGCUAGCAUGAUGAUCCGAGCGGAGAAGAUACCUUCCACCCUGCCGCACGGCCCCGACGAGACCUGGACGUGUAGCCAAGCAGGCUGCGAAUACAUCGUUCGCGGCGGCGACGACGAGGAAUGCCAGUCUCGCAUUCGCCAACACUUUCAGGAACACAGCCAACAGCUUCAACGGCUCAGCCUGGCAGUGACGGAGAGCCGCGGCCACAUGCCGAUCAAUCAUUUGCUCGAGAAGAUCAAGCGGCUGGGGGAGAAGGCUCAGCAGCAGCAGCAGCAGCAGCAGCAGCAGCAGCAGCAGCAUACUGUCAACGGCGUCCUCGCACCCCAGCCCAUCAAGCGGAAAUUGAUAUCCUGCGUCUUUUGCGGCACCAAGACCUACAUUAUCCACUCGGUCCGCCCCCCUGUUCUGAAAGCUCACACGUCUCUCAUCGGCCUGACGUUGCGCUCCCAUGUGCGACAAAUCCCCCGCCCAAGCGACAUCUGA